CGAACAGCUGAAUAUCACGCAGCGCCCCUACUCAAAACGCAAUACACGCCUCAGGCUCUGGUCGUGGUUCCUUUUAACAAUUUCCAUCGGCGCGGAGCUACCACCGGCGUGCGCGCUCACUUUGUACAGAUCUCGAGUCCGCGGUGGUCUUCGUGCUGGGCGAAGGGGCAACAAGUACCGACCACACACUGAGGAGCCGUCUGCAGACGGAGAAGCCAUGCGCCACACGUGUUCGACCCUAGCCGCCGUCUGCGCACUGCCUUUGUUGUUGGUGGCGCGAGAUGCCGGAGGCUGGGUGCUGCUGCAACUGUCCAACGGCUCUCUGGUGGGCGGCGGGGGCGGCUGGCGGCCUCGCGACGACGGCCUGCAGUCGCUGCUGGCCCGACACUCGCCGCCGCAGGCAGAGCGGCAGCCGCCAGCCGGCGAGCCCAGGGCGCGGAGGCCGCGCGGCGCCGGCAACGACGCCGUCAGCCGCAACAUCAGCCUCGUGCUCGAGAACCUGCUCAAGAACUACGAGAGCAGCCAGCUGCCCAGCCACGGCAGGGAUCAUCCAACCAUUGUGAGGACUAACAUGCUGAUUCGAAGCAUGGGACCAAUAUCGGAGCUGGAUAUGGACUACUCUAUGGACUGCUACUUCCGACAAUACUGGCGCGACUCACGGCUCAGUUUCCUGGGCCCUAUCAAGAGUCUGAGUCUGAGCAUCAAGAUGCUGGAGCGCAUCUGGCGACCCGACACGUACUUCUACAACGGCCAGAACUCGUACGUCCACACCAUCACUGUGCCCAACAAGCUGCUGCGCAUCUCGCAGGAUGGGGACAUCCUCUACUCAAUGAGACUGACUAUCAAAGCUAAAUGUCCCAUGGAACUAAGGAACUUCCCUAUGGACAGACAAUCUUGCCCUCUUAUCCUUGGCAGCUAUGCUUACACGACGAGGCACCUGGUGUACCAGUGGCAGUCGGAGGGCAGCGUCAGCUUCGUGGCCGGCAUGGCGCUCUCCCAGUUCGACCUCAUGGGCAACCCGCAGAGGAACCUCACCUACAAGCGGCGAGAAGGAGAAUUCUCCGUCCUCCAAGUGAACUUCAAUCUCCAGCGGCACACCGGUUACUUCCUGAUACAAGUCUACGUACCUUGCAUUCUGAUAGUGGUUCUCUCGUGGGUAUCCUUCUGGAUACAUCGAGAAGCAACAAGUGAUAGAGUUGGACUGGGCAUCACCACGGUGCUGACGCUGUCGACCAUCAGCCUGGACAGCCGGACCGACCUGCCCAAGGUCCGGUACGCCACGGCGCUCGACUGGUUCCUCCUGAUGAGCUUCUUCUACUGCAUAGCCACGCUGCUCGAGUUCGCAGGCGUCCACUACUUCACAAAGGUUGGUAGCGGCGAAAUUCCCGUGGACGAAGAAGAAUGGGAAGAUAUUGAGGGGCCCUUCGAAGAGACCUUCUCGCCAUCACCGGAGCCGGUAGAGAACAGUCCGGCUAUGCGGACCGGCCGCAGGCGCAGCUCGCUCAUCUGCCCGAUCUACAACGACCCGCCCAGCUACGGCAUGUCGCGCUCGCCUUCGCCGGCCGUGGGCGCUUCGGCGGCCGCGGCUGCGUCGGCGGUGCCGCUGCACGUGCACUCCGGGCCCGCCGGCCACGGCAGCCGCGCGCAGCUGUCGCGCGUCACGCGCCACACGCAGACGGAGCGGCGCGUGCCGCGCUGGCGCCAGCUGCUCUACUGCCUGGCGGGCGACGACGCCUUCCGGCGCCAGCGGCAGCGCGAAGCCGCGCAGCGCGCCAGGGACGCCGCGGCGCCGCGCCACGUCAACAGCGUCUCGCAGAUCGACCGCGCGGCGCGCGUCCUCUUCCCCGCCUCGUUCGGCCUUCUCAACGUCUGCUACUGGCUCGCCUACUACACCUACCAGGAGGAGUUCCAGUGGGACGACGCGGCGCUGCCCUCUGCCAAGCUCUAGCUCCAUCUUCUUCCCCCGUACAGCCCAGUAAUAUGGACGCCUCAGUGACAAAGUGGACUCUGCAUGAUUUUGCAGAUUUUGAAUUAGGAAUUGCUUCUUGUAGUGUAAACAGGGAUCUUUCGGGAACAAAACGCAACAUGUGGAAUGCAAAGUUAUUUAUAGGAAAAGUAUGGCCACCCUUUUCCCUUCCUGUUGCUGCUGUCUGCAGUUUUUCUGGAGAGGCUAGUGCGAAUAGAAGGUUACAGUGAAGUAACUUCAAAAUGAUGUAUCACUCGAUGCCACCACGAAAGUCGACACCGAUCGACCCAAUAAGAUGCCAAUGGUACUAAGUCCUACAGUGUUUGAGUGAAUCUCGGAAAUCGCAACAUAUUCGGGAGAAUCAGGUAAAUAUUUGUAGCAAGCAAUAACAUAAUUGCCAUUGCUGCUUAUAUGGCUUCCCAGACCUUUGGAAAUCGCAUCAUAUUCAGAAAAAAGGUAAACAUUGGUUCAAGCAAAAAUAGAAAUGUCUUAGUUGACCGUUUCAUACAUAGCAACUUAACCAUUCGUCUAUUAAUGAGACUGAAGUCACAAAAUCGAACAAAUUCACUCCUGAGGGAGAUUGCUCUUAUACAGGGUGUCUCAAACCUUUUGGGCCAAAUUGAAACAGGUGAUAGUGAGUCCACAACGAAUAAAAAAAAUUGAGACAAGGAACCACUGGUCGAAAAUAUAGAUUUAUUGCGAUUUGGAUGGAAACAGCGGACACCAUAUAACGACAACAUAGUUCAUAGUGACUGUUCAAAGCUGGCCGGUGUGGCCGAGCGGUUCUAGGCGCUUCAGUCUGGAACCGCACGACCGCUACGGUCGCAGGUUCGAAUCUUACCUCGGGCAUGGAUGUGUGUGAUGUCCUUAGGUUAGUUAGGUUUAAGUAGUUCUAAGUUCUAUGGGACUGAUGACCUCAGAUGUUAAGUCCCAUAGUGCGCAGAGCCAUUUGAACCAUUUUUGAACUGUUCAAAGUGAUGACCGCCAAUCUCAGUUCAUGUUUUUUCAAUAGCGCCUGCAGUUCUGCUGCACUCUCACAAAGAUCUUGGGUGUCUGUUGAACUCUGGAACAGGCAGUGUACACCCAUGACCACAACACAGAUACACCGUACACAGCUUAUCUCAUAGCACGUGUGCCAUGUGACGACCGCAUGCUUAGCACUGGCCUGUUAACCUGUGCUGCAUUAUCCCUGGUGUCAGUUGUCCAUUGCAUCAGACAGCUCGUGCUGUGUUCGUGGUGACAUGUGUUACUGUGUACAGUGCAUGACGCGUAGUCAAAGAUGGAACGUUACUCAUCACGAGAGUUGGCACACAUGCAUUUAAUGUACGGUGCGGUAGGAUGUAGUGCCCGUAAAGCAACACGAAUCUACAUAGAAAACUACCCCAAAAGGCGUCAUCCUAACUGGAAGAUGUUUAUCUCCCUGAAUGACGUCGUUCACGCCACAGAGAGCCAGCCAAGAUUCCUGCCCAACACAUGUCCUAACACCAAACUCUGAUGAGACAGUGCUGAAUCAUGUGGCCGACCACCCAACAAUACCACUCUUCAGCUUGCCCUCGAAAUACACACUUCGAAGAAUACAGAGAGAGGAGUACUGGUGGAACAGGUAUUAUACCCUAUCAAAAAGAACUUCUGAAAACUUGAACCAACGCAUUUUGAGCCCCGCAUUCACUUCUGUUAAUGAUUAUCCACCGCAGUGCUACACUGCCGAACUUCGUACAGUUUGUAUUGUUCACAGUGAGGCCUCAUUCAUCCAUGAUGGUGUUUUCAACAGACGCAACUGCCUUGUCUGGAGUGAGGACAAUCCCCACGCCACCCACAUGAGUGACCACCGACAACGAUUCUCCGUCAACGUUUCGGCAUGCAUUGUCCGAGAACAGCUAACAGCACCUUCUUUGCUACAUCCCCGUUUGACUGGUCCACGUUACCCGGUGUUCCUGCGAGAUGUGCUGCCACAGUUCUUGGGAGACAGUACCCCUUCUUGUGGGCGAAAGGAUGUGGGUUCAACAUGACGGUGCACCAGCCCUCUUCGAUGUUAACGUCUGCAAGCUCCUGAACAACACGUACACUCAUCGUUGGACCGGAAGGGGAGGUCGUGGCCAGCGCGAUCGCCAGAUCUCAAAUGUCUGGAGUUUUUGCUCUGGACUUACGUCAAGACGCCGGUGUAUGAAAUCCCUGUAGAAACAGAUGAAGACGUGUCUGCUAGGUUCCAAGUUACCUGUCUCGUACAACAGACACCAGCGAUCUUUGAGAGAGUGUGGUAGCACUUCAUGUGCCCAUGAAGCAUACGUUGAGCCUGGUGGUCGUCACGUUAUUGUUAUGCGGCGUACACUGUGUAUGUUCGUAACACAAUAAAUAUGCAUUUCCGCCCAUAGCUUUCCUACCUAAAUAUAAUCAUUUGUGCACCUAUUGUUACCUGUUUCAAUUUGACCCAAAAGGUUUGAAAAACCCUGUAUGGAAAUUAUAUUGGAUAUUACAAAAUACACUUCUAUUACAUUAACAAGAGCGCCCCAGAAUCUGUUAAAAACAUGAAGAUGAAAAAAGAAAAUAGCAGAACAUAGCAGAAUGCGAACUUACGACUUUUGACCCUUAACUACACAUAUCCAACCACUAAACCACGGUAAAUACAUACAACAUUCAACAACAAUGUCUUUCAUAUAAGGAUCACUUAAAGACUUCAUUAAUUAUACGAAAUCGUACCAAGAGUGACAUGUACGUGAUAUAUCUUCAAUUUACCGUUGCCUAAUGGCAUACUGUUAUAACAUGCAAGUCAUAAAACGAAAACAACGGAAUACGACGAAAUCCAAUAUCACGUCUCCAAAGUUCUUCAUUCAUCGAUUUCUAUCGAUUUUCAUUAUCACAUCAAGUGACAUAUUAUUUUUAUGUCAUUCGACAGUACGUUUCUGGCACCACAAUUUUCUCCCUUGUUCGGAUGAAGUUGCUUCAUGUGAUAUUUCCGCCGUAUUGGACCCCCCAGUUCCAUAUGUGGCAUAGGAAGUGUUGUGUAAUUUCGUACGUUUCUAGUGCAAUAAUAUCACAGUGCUGCACUUUUCGAGGCCAGAAGGGAAAUUUUAUAGGGUUCGCGCUGAAGGAUGAGCUGCACUAAGAAGAAAUUUUAUGUAUGUACGUAUUACAUUUUAAGAUUAAAGAUCCGUUGACGAGUAACUCAGAUCAUGCAACAAAGACCUGCGAUGUUUUCGCUUGAACAAAUUCGUGACCAAAGUUGCUGAAUAGUGAUUAAGGCUAAAUUCUUCAUGUAGCGAUGCUUCUUAUUUGCCUGCUGCCGGUCGAAACAUUCAUGUUAAAAUUACGCACAACUGGGCCAAUACGUCUGAUUGUUUUUUUAAAUUUUUCUUUCGUAAUUAAUCUCAAAUAGUUGAAUACUGCUGCAUGUUGUUCUCAUUCGUUUACUUGUGUAUAGUGUAUCAUUAUAACAAGCAAAGAAAUAAGAGAAGCAUGAAAGAUAUGUAAAUCUAAUUGGAACAAUAUCGUUGUUUCCUAGCUUUCUCAUUGCUAGACUAUGCAGUUUCAAGUGCAUAUACUAUGUAAAACAUGUGCAUUAAACAAUAUUUGUUGUGUACUUUUAGAGAAAUUUUAGAACGCAAAUACAUGAUUUAUAUAUAAUUACCUAGCAGUUGAGAUAACUUUAGCAUAUAUCGGCUGUUAUUGAUUUAGCAAAGAUAUUGUGAAUCCUUCAUCACUAGGUGACACAUCUAAACACAGGACACUGUUCAUUGCAUGAGCAUGAUUCCUAAGGCAUUUAUUUUGGACAACACUUUGUUUUACUGGAUUAUACAUUUAACAGCCAUCUAUUGACAGAUUUCUGUACAUCUAAGAAGUGAGAUCUUUGAUCAGUAGUAUAAUGGCCACGUCCAUCAAAAAUUCAAGUCACAGACUGUAAUUUGGAGUUUAACAUUCCCAGUAACUCUAAAGACGAUAAAAAUAAGUAAAACCACAACAGGGUGCUACAUAUUUGUAUAUUCCCAGUUUAAAGUUAAAAUACAUACGUUGCGGGAUACGAGAGUAAUUUCAGGAUAUCAAUCACUUCAUAUCAAUUGAUCUGUAAUUAUGGAUUUUGACGGGAAAAAGAAAGUUGCAAUCUAGCAAGGCAGGGGUUUACAAGGCAAUGCUAAAUAUAUGAUCAGUUUAAAAUUAAGAACCAGAUAGUAAAUGAAGAAGAAGGGAAAAAUGGGAAAAUUUUCAUGAGCUGCACGUAUGCAAAAAGCGGGGCCACCAAGAGAGAGCCACAGUAUAGUUAUAGGACUCCAACCGAUGUCAUCCUUACACAGCCCUUGUUUAUUAACAUCAGAGGAGAAGUUAAAAUAAAAUAUGGAAGAUAUGAGUGACUUUAGAAUCUACGAAUGUGUAUCUGACAACAUUACUAAAGACCAGUAAAGCAGCAGCUGCAGUAUUAGUACUAAAGGAAAUACUGCGGUUUCAUAAAUAUUUCAUAUGUUGUCCAUAUAAAUUAUUUCCGUCAAAAAUUCUUGCAAUGAAAAUAUAUAACGUGGACAUAAUCCUGUUUUCCUCGAAAUUCCAGCGCCUCUACAAUUAGAGCCGCAACUAUUUCCUGCCACAGUAAGCACUGGAAGAAAAAUUUCAUCCCAACUACAAUCUUUUAAUAAAGUAUAUUCCAUAAAUAGAACAACAUCACGAUGUUUUCAUAUGUCGAUGACAAGGUUCCAACUGAAAAAAUUUAAGAAAAUGAGUUGUUGGUGUCAUUAGGUUCUAUCUAGCUUCUGCUACAUGUAGAACGUACACGUGAACACUCUGUGGAGAAAUAGACGAGUUAUGGGAUCGCAGAAGUUCCAAAUAACAUCAGUACGUCUGAUUCCCUGGAAUGACGAGGCUCUGUUCGACAGCUGCAACCUAAUUUUACUUUUAUUACUGAAUUAUGUUACUUGUAAGUAAUGAUAAAUAAAGUUGAAUGUUAGUAUAAUUAUGAGUUUUCAUCAACCACGUCUUACCAUGCUAAGAAACAUCAUGAUUUAAAUGGGAAAAAUAUCUGCCAUUUGAAGUUUUCAUUUUUCGAAGCAAAGAAACAAGACAAAGGAAAUUUGCUGUUAUAAAUUGACUGAAGAAAUGAGACAGAGGUAAGUACCACGUGAAAAUGCAUGGAGUUGCCAGAGGUUGUUUGCAGUAGAUCGUUUACAAACAACGAGAUAGGGGGAAAGUUAACACAGUUAAGUUGCAUUUUUAUUACAAUGAUUUUGUAAAUGUUAUUUACAGUUUAUCGUGAUAAGCAUUGACUAGUACUAUAUCAAAAACUUACUGUUAUUGGUGGAGAGACAACUGAAUAAAGAGUUUGUCAGUUUUUGACAUCAGUUUACACGGAAAGAAUGAAGUGAUAGUUGACACGUUGUCAUUCUGAAAGGUCAAUGUGCUCCCUGAACUAUUUCAACAAAUAAAUUAAAAUACAAAAGCGAGGUUUUCUCGAAUUUCAAAAUAUGGACAUGGCAGCGUCCAGUGUGAACUCUGCAGUCUAACCAGCGUGUGGGGCGGUGGCGUCAGUAAGAUAUGGCAGCUGGGGCUCGCACCUCAGACGCCGAUGUCAUAGAUGCGAAAUUUUUUGCAGGCGAAACAAAUUUGGAGGGAAAAAGAAAAAGGAAAGAGAUGAGUGCGGCGAAGUAGAGGGAGAAAGAAAGAGGAGAAGAAGAGGGAGGAGAAGAAGAACAA